ACUCGAAAGUAAAUGACACGCGCGCACACAAAAGUUACGUUGUCUUAAUUGCCGUCGUAGGCGCAACUCAUUUUCACUGAUUCCGCAUUUUUUGCACCCAAAUAACGGGGUGUUGGCGACGGCUGAGAGAGGUAAAAGUUAAUUAGGGGUUGGCAACCUUUUUGGUUUGGUGCGUUCGGCGAAAUGAGACGAGCGAGAUUCGUCGCCGCGUGUCCUCUGCAUCUGCAUCGAGAACAAUACGGAAAUAGCGGACCGCGUGCCGCGCUCAAGUGCUCGCCAAUCGCAGGAUUGAGCGGGGAAGGAAAAGAAGCUGACGCCUGCACAAGGAGAUGCUAGCAGGAUCACUUGUCUCGCGGUGCUCGCCAGGUUCGCAACGUGCCUCCGCAGUUCCUUCCGCAGUCAUGGGAUUUAACUGCUCUGCACUAUCGCUCGCCCUUGCGCUGUGCCUUCUCGUUCAGGUCGUGCCAUGGUCUGCUGCCCAAGACUACGACGUUACGAAUCUGCAGUGCAGUUUCGCUUCAAACGGUGGCACACGCGACUCGAUAUCAGCCAAGCUGCGGAAGCCGUCAGGCUUCCGCGGGGCGCCUCUGUUCGCCGACGACCGCGCCGUUGACCCUUCCACUGAUCCCCAGUGUCAAAUACGACUCGACCAGUCCGACCCCACAGAUAUGACUUACAACAUGCUCGUCACGGACUUCCACCGUUGCGGGGUCGUCAAAGUUAAUGGUGCCGUGCACGUCAGGCUAUGGUUCCCUCAGUUCCCCGGCGUCGUGAUGCUCGCCGACCAGGAACUCAUUUUAAUGUGCAAGCCGCCGGAACCGAUUGUGACCCAGCACAAAGCGGCCGGAUUCGCGGGAAGUUUCUCUGGUGGUGCCCGUGUGUCAGGCGUGGUUGAAGAAAAACCCGGUACCCUGGAGUAUGAAGUUGCUCUUUACAAGGAAGCGCCUCCCAAAAACUCGACAACUGGCCAGUUAAUGAAGCAAGGCGAAAUGCCCAUCGAACAGGCAGUUCAAAUCGGCACCAAACUGCAGUUGAGGGCAAGAAUUAACGCGGAAUCUGUUUGGAGAUUCGUCAAAUUGAUGGAAGUGACCGUGUCUCCUGAUCCCGAGAACCCACACGUGCCAGGCCACGUCUACUUGGUCAAGGAUGGGUGUCGAAACCGAGAUCUUGCCACGAUCAUACCACACCAACCUGGCAGGUACAAGGAGAGGCCGAACGAGGUUUAUCUGGACUUUGAGGCUUUCCUGCUGAGCACCCUGCAAGAACGCUCGACCCUUUGGAUUCAUUCUGAAAUCAAAGCGUGCGUCGUCCCUGAGGAUUGCCAGCCAGAAUUUUGCCUGGACCUCUUUGAGCCGUCGGGUCACGGUCGCAGGCGAAGGGAUAUCAACGCCAACAACACGGCCACCGUGCGCAUGCAGAGGAGUCUGACUGGACCAGAAAACGACAGCGCUGUUGACCAUCAGUUCACCAAAUUCGGAGAAAACAUCGCGUACACGGUUCUCAUGAAAGAAAACGAGUGCUACGAGGCAACCAAAAACCGAGAGGAGGUCUGUGGUGCAUUCCUCGGGGUCGCCACCCUCCUUGGCGGCCUGCUGGUCAUCGCCGUUCUCAUGGCCUGCUACCUGACCUCGAGACUGCACUCCGUUUCUAAGUCAAGACACACACCGACCUUUGAAGAGCUCGUCAGGCAGCACAAGCUCAAAUAUCAGGGCCCAGAGGGUUUGGAAAGGCAGUACCACUGACUGGAUCCACGGGCUGGGGGCCGGGGAGGGUGGUGGUUUGCAAGCAGCUUAGUGCCCCGAUAGUGACCAUAAAAUUCAUCAUCUCAUCAACUUGUACAUAAGAACUCUGGAUAAAUGUGAGAUUCUGGUGACGGGCCCAUAUGUACAGUAAUUUAUUUCAUUAGUUAAAUAAAUCAAAGUUAAGUUUUCGAAAACAUAA